GUGGUGGCGCCAUACGGAAAGUUAUCCUUCAAAUCCUUCGUCAGAAAAGCUUGUAGAUGAAUUAGUGUUUAUAUUUUUUUGUGAUGUCAGUGUCACAUGCCUCAUAAACUUGUGUACAAAAACACCUGGUUCCGAAGUAACUGUUUACAAACACAAUUUAGUGGCCAUUGAAUUUCACUUUUGUAAUUUUAGUCCAACAUUUAUUUCUUAGAUUAUUGUAAUACUCUUUUUAAAUGUUGAAUUCCAUUGUUGAGUUAGAUUAAUGCUGUGUGGGCUUAUAAACACAUUGAAUGUAUGGUGGAUAAAAUUCCAAUUAUAAAACAUUUGAGGCGCGUGCUAAAUGAGUUACCAAGAAUUGGCAUUGUGAUAUUGCAGGUAUUGGCACAUUAUCAACAGUUGACUAACUAUUACUAAUUUGUAAUGAACAAUGUGUUGCAGAGUACAGCAAAAAAAUCAUGGCGCCAGUGCAACAAGGUCGUAUGUCACCUUUUUGUGAAUUAAGUCAAAAGAUAUUUUUUUAUUCAAAAGAUGAUUUAUUAAAAACCACCUCGUCUCUGGAACAAGGUUAUAUCAACAAUUAUUAUGGCAUCAAAGUUGUUGUCUAAUGUAAAUAAUUAAGUUAAUUAAGGUAAUUAAGUGUAAAUAUAACUCAUAAUGAUUUUAUUGUAAAUUUCUUCAUAAUUUCUAUAAAGUGUAAGUGGACUGACUUGUCUUAACCCCACAACGAGUAGUGUUUUAAAACACCCUGAACCUUAAAAAGUGAUUUACGCAAAAUAACAAAAAUUCAAGUGCACUGACGGUACAAAUACAUAGCUUCAAACUACAACUCCAUGCUCUAUCAGAAUUAAUACCAGCAUGAUUUCCAAACAAAAUAUCCUAAACAAUAUACCCGAAUUACAAAUUACUAACAAUGUAAAUAAAACCUAGACGUACUUGUUUAAAUCCACAACAAUUUCCUUGUCCAAUUUUGUAACCUGUUCAACUAUGCGACACAAAUGGACAUUUGUACAGGUAGCAGUCAGAAGCGUGACGACAGUGCAUUCACUGAGUUAUAACAACAGUUUUCCUGACACCGUUUGUGGGAAUGGUAAAAGAGAAAGCCAAACCUAAACAUUUACAAGAAAUAUUUACCAUAGUUCACUAGACACAAGGAAUGUGGCAUUGAACAAGUAACCCAUGAACAGUGAAUGGAGGUUGCUGAUAAAAUCAGACAUUUCAAGGCAAUAUUUUGUCCCAGUUUGAAAAUGUUACAUUUAAGUUGGUUUGAAAAUGCUUCAAACUAGCUAUAUUUCAUGGUCCGUAGUCUGACACUGGUUAACAAUUGUAAGGAAGGCUUUUCUAUGUAGGGUGUACUAGCCUACUAGUAAGCCUAUCAGUCAUAAAUUCUUGAAAAAAUAACUGAAAAUUUAGAAUCGGUUUUCAUUCUCUCUAAAUGGUUCAAUUUCUAGUACUUUUUACUUGGGAAUAAAAUCCAAUGUUGACACACAGACAUCCAUAUAGCUAACACUAGGGCCUAGUUUCAGAGUUGCUAUAUAGCAAAAAAGCACAACAAAAUUAAGAUUACCAGCCAAAACAUGAUGACACAUUUUUAAUCUGUGACUGGUAUCCUGCUAAUUUUGCUUGGCAGUAAUAGCAGAAAGUUGUUAAAAAUGUUGCUCAUCUCAAGCAGCUCUAUGAGAUUUAGUGCAGUGUAUUAUUGUGACAUCAAACUUUUGCUAAGCAAUUAAGAUUGAUAAGCACUUAAGACCAAUCUCACUAUUUGUGAUACAGUUUUCUGCCAUGCAUUACAGCCUUUGAAACACCACAACCAAAUAUUUGUGAUGUCUCUUUAAAUAUACCCUCACUAAUCCUGAUGCACUCACACCUGUUGGAUAAAAGCAGACAUGUAAAUAAAAGCCUGGUUCAGUUCAAAUUGAGUGUAAACCUACAUAUGCCACAUCGCUAAAGAGCGAACUAGGUGUUUGUAUACAGUGUGUGGGUGGGGACGGCAGUGCUCGCUAGCGCUAGCCAGUACUAAUACAAUCACAAUAGUCUAUUUAGUAAGACUUGGUAUUAUGCAGUGAGAUGCCAAGUUGUAAUUUUAUCAUUAGUGAUAAGUUCAGUAAGCUAUCUUUGAGUGCCAUUUAUAAUAUCAGUAGCUAGAAAGGAAUUAAAUGCCGAUUUGUAAACCCGUGGACUUUGUGUUGAGCUGAAAAUGCCAGGGGCGUUUUAUCAAGCGGAAUAGCAGGACGGCCGGAUCGCUGUUUGCAACUUCUGCUGUCAUGUAUCAGGGGCUGCUGUAUACAGAUGAUCUUGCUCAUAGCGCUAGCCCGAUAGACGAUUGGGUAGCAGAGGCGGAUCAAGGUGAUCACAUCAUCCGAGUCCGAGAAGAUGACGAAGACAGCCGAUCAGACAACUCCACAUUCCAAGAUGAAGCAACCCAGGCCGCCAGCAGGGGUCACUCUGAGAGCGGGAUCUCCCCUCCACUCGUCGGCGAGGAAUCCUGUCACGCCUUCUUCUGCUACUCCAAAGAUGAUGAAGAAUGGGUUGUUAACGUCAUGCAGAAACUGGAGUCUCCAGCAUACGGCUUCAGCUGUUGUAAUCACAAAAAUGAACUGGACCCGGGAAAUGUACGCAUGGAUAAAAUUGUUAACUCACUCUGCACAGCGCGGAAAAUCGUCCUUGUUCUCUCCCCUGAUUUUGUCCUGAGCCAGUGGUGUACCUACGAAAACUUAAAAGCUCUGAAGAAUCAUUUUAGAAAUGUUAACAAGGUGAUCCCAGUGCUGUUGACGGAGGUUGACUUACCGGACUUCCUGCAGGAUAUUCCAAAUGUGGAUGGAAUGUCCAAGAACUUCUGGCAGAAAUUCAUCGCUGCUCUCCAGUUUGAUCCCUACCGAGGAACGUUAGAAACUUCAGCUCAGUACAACGUUCCUGCUUUGUACAACGGUGUAGAAUUGGGUCAGGUUUACUCCAUGACAGAAUGCUGUUGUAGGGCAAGGUUCGAUACCAUCUACUGUCCAGAUGAACUUGCAAGGAAAGGAGUUAUGGUUCCUCAGUCUGACUACACAUCCUGCAUCAAUACCAUCUUAGAGAGUCCUAAGAUGCGUUGGCACACCCUUUGGUAUAACCGCAUCUUCAGCAUCACUCUCUGCAUCUUACUCUCUGUACUCAUCAUUGUUGGUCUGGUGGGCAACCUCAGUGCCUUCGGUAGUGAGAAGGCUACCAUCCAUGCUGGCUGGGCUUUCCUUAUCGGUCUCAUCUUAUCCAUUAUCAUCACUGUACUGGUCCAUGUUAUCACCCAUCUUGAAACAGUUAAGUUAAACACACAUAUAGAGAACCACCUAGCCAAGGCUAAUAUUACCCUAGCCAGACACAACACCCUGGUUGGAAUGACGGAUUGCUUCUCAGCAUGCUGGAACAGAGCAACUUUGCAUUUCAUUUAUUAUGACCUUCGGAAAUGCAGGAUGAGGAUGAGCCAGUUUCUAACGGAGCAGAGAAACCUACAAAGAGGAAUGAACACGGAUGUGACAGUCAGCUUUGAUAUGCAAGGAGAUGUUGAUGAUACGUCUCGUCUGACCAUCGAUACUCGACACCGUGUAAUGUCACCUGAGACAUUAACUGCAGCUACUGAACCAUCCUCAGUACAAGAGGAAGGUGACCUAUAUCUUCUACAGUGUAGUCCAUCUUACGUACAUAAGCUCAUCCGAGGCAAGCUACCGAGGGCGCAAAGAACACUUCACUCUGAUCACGACAUGUGUCUCUGUCAGUACACACAACUCAUCAUAUUCCACACAGACGUCUGAAUCUUAGACAUCCAUUUAUUUCUCCAAGAUGACCAGAGUAUGUAUAUUUGGUUUAGGGUAACACAUGUGUACAGUUAAUUGCUGGGUAGAUAAAUAAUAAUAAUAAUUAUUAGAUUAUGUUCUUUUGAGAAGUUGUCUUGCUAUAUAUUCGACUACCACAGAGUUUUUGGGAAUUCGGGAGAGCAGAGUAAACUGUUCAAAACGUCCAGACCACACCAGUUAUUAUCAGAAGCAACACUUCUCCCUACAUGGUUGGACCUGCAAGUUUACUAACUUUAGUUUUUCGGAUCUAUUGUACUAACCAUUACUUAUAAUUAAGACAUCAAGCUCUAACUGCAAACAACUUUUGACAUGUCACAGUCAACUUGGCUAAAAAACGACACAAUCACCACUUCCCAUUUUUCCAGUACUGUAUGUUCAUGCUUGGGGUUUUUCCCUUCAAAUUGUUUCAUUUUUUCAUAUUUCAGUACUCAAUUUCACAUUCAUAGUACUUUUUUAACGAGUGUUUGUAUGAAUUUUGUUCUUUCCUUUUUAGUUUGAUUGGACAAAAACACUUUAAACAAUUUGAAUGUAAAUGAUGGGAAAUUUGACUAAUCUUACAAAUGUCUCAAUGAAAUUGGACACUUACUUUGUUUGCCUUUAUGUUAUGCUACAUGUAACUUUGUUUUGUACAUUUUAAUUAUUUUCUUUCUUUGAUACUUUUCUUACAAACUGUCUUUAAAUGUACCUUACCUCAGAUACAGUUACCCCAUAUCAUCUUUAACUGAAUCUUAAACCCUGAUUUUGGGUAACUCAAAUUAUGGUAGUUUUGAAUUAUCAAUGUUUGUUUAAAAAGGGGAGGGUUUUUAGAAAUGUUUGACUCAACCACUCGUGCCUAAUUUCAGUUUAAAAAAAUAUUUUUAAUUGUUCAAUUAUUUUCUCUGAACCCCCACCAUUUUUUCUUGCUUAUGUUGGUAUAUUUCAUAGUAACAAAUUGACUUUUGAAAACAUUGAAUUGCUGAUUCUGAAUGGCCUCAUAUAUAGAUCCUGUCUCUGCACCUUUUUUGAAGUUUACUCCAGAGAUUUAUACGAAAUACAAUCUUGUCUGAAAUCGUGGUUUUUCACCUUUGGGAAGCUGUUCUAUUUUUAUAUAAUUCUCCUUGACAUUUACAAGAUGCCUUUUUUCUUAUGUUCAUGUAAAUAAUGUACACUUUUGAUGUCUUAUAAUAUUUUAAGAUAUUUGAAGAUUUUAUCAAGUUUAACCAGCUGUAGAAAUCAAAAUAAAUUAUACACAACACAACUAACCUCUACAUAUGUUAUACUCUAAGAAAUGGUUGAGACAGAGCUGCCAUCUCUCCCUAAUUCAGCAGGAAGUCUGGGAAAAUAAACUAGCCUUUCCAUGUUCUGAUAAAUAAAUUUGAAAAACUCCCUGAUUAUUCAAUAUUGAAACUUUGUUCAUAUUAUUUGGAAUGUAAUUCUAAGGAAGUCUGGGAAAAUAAACUAGCCUUUCCAUGUUCUGAUAAAUAAAUUUGAAAAACUCCCUGAUUACUAAAUAUGGAAACUUUGUUCCUAUUAUUUGGAAUGUAAUUCUAAGGAAGUCUGGGAAAAUAAACUAGCCUUUCCAUGUUCUGAUAAAUACAUUUAAAAAUCUCCUUGAUUAUUCAAUAUUGAAACUUUGUUCUUAUUAUUUGGAAUGUAAUUCUAAAUAUCUCCACGAUUGUUGUACAAAAUUCCAUGAUUGCAAGAUGCAAAUAAUGUCAGCUCUGUAAGGAUGUUCAGAUGUUUUCAAUAUUUAGGAGGUCUUGUUGACUUUUGUCAUCAUAAAUCCUUAUUGUUUGUGUAAAAAAUGUAAUGAAAAUCUUUUUUAACAAGUAACUUGAGCUACUGUUGUGGUAUUUGGCUGCAUGCAGUGAAGAGUUGGACUGUUUAGCAAUGGUUACUGCUGAAGCUGUCAGUUCAAUCAGGGCCUAAAAGUUACGUUUGCUCGUAUGUAAUGCUUUACCAUGUACUGACGGGCAUUAUUUUUGUUCACCCUGCUGAACUGUAUAAAAUGCACAUAGUUAGAUAUUAUGUAACAUGCACUGAUUUUCAUUGGCUCUGUGUAUUUUUUUAGGUUAAGGAGUGAUUUAGGAGGUCCUUGGGUGUCAUAAAGUACUUUUUAAAAACUGCUCAUUGUUUUAAUUAUGUUCUGUUUUACCUUUGUUGUUAUUUACUCAUCCGUUAUAAAAUACCUGUUUUUAUAUAAUUAAUUGAUUCAGAUUGUGCAUAGUGAAUUGAUAAGUGAAUAUUCAUCAUACUGACUCAUGCGAAGGUAUUGCCUAUUGGCUUGAAGGCAGCAAUAUGUUCCGCAUAUGAUUUUAAAUGGGGAUCAGUUUAUUGUAAUUAUUAAAUUGUUUUAUUUUUUUUUACUCAUCGAUGUGAGAUUGCAUAAUAUUUGUAUGAAGGCUUUACCGGAGCUUGUUCUUUCUUAUAAGUUGUAACCUGUUAACAUAAAUGGCACUUGUUGAAAGUAGAGUGUAUGUAAAUAGUGAUAUUGGUUGAUAGCAGAGCGUAUAUAUAUGUUUUAACAAAAUAUAGUUUAAGUGUUUUACAUGGCAUUGAUAAUGAAUUGGGAAUUAUUACAUUAUCAAGGCACUGGUUUCAGAUUGAUUUGGAAUUGCCUUAACAUUAUUAUCACUCUACUGUAAAAACUAUUUUAUAUUUCUGGGGUUGUUUUUAACCAAGGGUGCCUCAAAAGCCAUUUUUUUUUUAUCACAGCAUCUCAGAAGCCUGCAGUGAAAGUUAUCUUGAAACCCUGUACCUCUAUUCUGGGUUAUUUGGUACCUGCUAUCUUUUCUAACACAUGCAACCCAAUGUCAUAACAGCCUUUCAAAAGCUAGACCAAAGUGGACUAUUUGCAAAGCAGGAAACUUGAGACUGGUCCAGCAAAACUCUCGAUCAGUCAUUCUCCUGCAGAUGAAAAUACAAUUGUGUCUUCCAUUCUGCUUCGUUGAGUAAAAUAUUGUUACUUCAUUUCUUGUAUACAAAAUUGGACAGUUUGGGAAUUUGAAAUUUAUAUUAUUAAUCUAAUGACAUCCUGAUGCAAAAUGUGCAUGACUUCUCAUGUUUUAAAAGUGUUUAUGAUCUCACACAUUUUAGAAACUUGUUCAACUGUUUUUUCAAAUGUUUCCAUAAAUUGUUCUAAAAUGCUAUCUUAGUCUCAGUUCUACGCAACUUUAGUGGAUUGUAUACAAAAAGAAAUAAAAAAAUAUCUUACGACAAUUUUGCCUUGGGAUGAUCAGACAACUUGUUGGUUUUUGCUCUCACACUGAUGUGUAUAUUAAGUAGCCUACUAUAAAAAAGCUCAGUACUUCCCAGAGUCCUGUGAUAAUGGGGUGGGAUUCGAACCCAAUGUUGUUGUCGCCUUUGUUCAGUUUUCCAGUAUACACAUCAACAAGGACAUGUCUUAUUCCCAUUUCGCAAAAAGGGACCAGGCUAAUUUUCCUCUUCCAAGUCUCAGUUCGGUUAUAGGUUAGAGGUCAGAGAUGAAAGGUCAAUAACUGUACUAAGAUUUACUCAAUGCCUAAUGUUUACCAUCUCUGCCUGAGCAGACAUUUGUUUAACAAUACAUGUCUGAUAGAAUUACGAAUUAUAUACUCGGUAAACACAAACUUUUGUAAAUAAACUUCAACUCCUUUGAAGGUGUCUUCCAUUAUAAACCUCACUUAUUCUUAACCUGAAUAAAAUUAUACUGUUAGAUACAAUAA